AUGUCGGACGUUGGCACGACGAAGCAGUUUGGAAAGGCCCAGAGGCUUGUGCCGUCUCAGAAGGCCCAGAAAUGGUACCCUGUUGAUGACGAGUCGCAGCCCAAGAAAGUCCGCAAGGCUAUCCGUCCCACCAAGCUCAGGGAGAGCCUCCAGCCCGGUACCGUCCUCAUCCUCCUCGCCGGUCGUUUCCGUGGCAAGCGCGUUGUCCUCCUCAAGCACCUCGACCAGGGUGUUCUCCUCGUUACCGGCCCCUUCAAGAUCAACGGUGUCCCCCUCCGACGGGUGAACUCCCGCUACGUCAUCGCCACCAGCACCCGCCUCGACAUCAGCGGUGUUGACGCCCAGACCAUCGAGAAGGUUUCCGCCCCCGGCUACUUCACCAAGGAGAAGAAGAACGAGAAGAAGACCGAGGAGGCUUUCUUCCAGCAGGGAGAGAAGGCCGAGAAGAAGGUUGUUGCUAGCGCUCGUGCCAGCGACCAGAAGGCCGUUGACCAGUCUAUCCUGGCCAGCGUCAAGAAGGAGGCUUUCCUCGCCAGCUACCUUGCCGCCACCUUCAGCCUGCGCAACGGCGACAAGCCCCACGAGAUGAAGUGGUAG